UCAUGCUUUGGUGCAGAUGUGGCGUCCUACUGCUUCUGUGCAUCUGUCCACUAACGUGCCUCACGAUGUCCUCCUGUCCGCCGGGCUGCUGCUGUCCUGGCCCGGGAUUUCUGGUUCUGUGCGAGUCCCUGAAUCUCAGGUCCCUUCCUCGCCCGGUCCCUCUCAGCACCUCGGCUCUGUCUGUGGCCAGGAACCAGCUCUGUAAUGUGGACCACCUGCUCCGGCCCCUCUCCAGCCUCCAGGAGCUCAGCCUCAGUCACAACCUGCUGGCCCGCUUUCCUCGUGGCCUGCCUCCCAGCCUGGAGUCCCUGCUGCUGCAGGAGAACCGCAUCACUUACAUCACGGCAGGUGGCCUGAGGCAGCUGGGGAACCUCACUCAUCUGGACCUGGAGGACAACCGCAUCCGAGCCAUCCAGCCCGGGGCCCUCCAGGCUCUCAGCAAGCUGCAGGUCCUGACGCUGAAGGGGAACAACCUCAGCAGCCUCCCCAGGAACCUCCCCCCAUCACUCACCCACCUGGACCUCUCAGCUAACUGCAUCUCGACCCUGGACCUGCCCUCGCUGUCCCCCCUGGUAAACCUGCAGGUCCUGAAGAUCAACAGCAACUGCCUGCGCUCAGUCCCGGACCGCGCCUUUGAAAGGCUGCCACUUCUCAGGUCUGUAGACCUCACAAACAACCUGUGGGUGUGCGAGUGUGACAUCUUGUAUCUCUACCGCUGGCUGCUGAACGGGAGGCUGAAGAUGGCGACAGACUUGGUGUGCACCGAGCCCGUCCAUCUCGCUCACCUUCUGCUCCUGAACCUCUCCGUCAUGGCUCUCUGUCCUCGUGUCCUGACGCCAAACGAGAGGACGCCACAGUCACACCUCAGCUCUGCGACAGUGAAGCCGACAGAGCGAAGCUUGUUUGAAAACAUGAAGGAUAUGGGAGACUUGCCAAUAUCAAAAUUAACCACUGUUGCUGUGUUUUCCAAAGAUGUUCCAGAGACUCGUGUGUUACUUGAACACUUCACUUUACAGACGCUCACCUAUGAGGAGUGUUUAAUUCUAAAUAAAACACAGUCUGUGAGCCCAUCAAACUUAAAGACUGUUACUUAUCCUCCUGAUGAGGAACAGAAAUGUCCAAACAUCACAGGUCGAUACCCUCAGAGUAACACGACCUCUGCUGGAGAGACACAGUCGUUACUCCCUACGAACAGAGACGCACCCUGGCUCACUCCAGCCCCACGACAGUUCACACAACAAAGCUCUGUGGCGGUCAUCUCUCUGCUCACUGUGCUGUGUGUAUUAGUAACUCUCCUAGUGCUGACGGUGCUACUUGUGUUGAGACUGGUGCUUCGGCGCCAAACGAGGGUGGCCCCGCUUGAUGCAGGGUCCGCUGGAUGACAUCGGCACAGACUCACCGGAAAUGUUUGUAUUCGUUUAAUGCACAAU